AUGGGUGAAGAUAGUACAAUGGGUGAAGAUAGUACAAUGGGUGAAGAUAGUACAAUGGGCGAAGAUAGUACAAUGGGUGAAGAUAGUACAAUGGGUGAAGAUAGUAUAAGGGGUGAAGAUAGUACAAUGGGUGAAGAUAGUACAAUGGGUGAAGAUAGUACAAUGGGUGAAGAUAGUACAAUGGGUGAAGAUAGUACAAGGGGUGAAGAUAGUACAAUGGAUGAAGAUAGUACAAUGGGUGAAGAUAGUAUAAGGGGUGAAGAUAGUACAAUGGGUGAAGAUAGUACAAUGGGUGAAGAUAGUACAAUGGGUGAAGAUAGUACAAUGGGUGAAGAUAGUACAAGGGGUGAAGAUAGUACAAUGGGUGAAGAUAGUACAAUGGGUGAAGAUAGUACAAUGGGUGAAGAUAGUACAAUGGGUGAAGAUAGUACAAUGGGUGAAGAUAGUACAAUGGGUGAAGAUAGUACAAUGGGUGAAGAUAGUACAAUGGGUGAAGAUAGUACAAUGGGUGAAGAUAGUACAAUGGGUGAAGAUAGUACAAUGGGUUAA